AUGCCUGUGGGCUCCGUGCUUGUUACUGGGGGGACAGGCUACAUUGGGUCUUUCACGGCUUUGGCAUUGCUCGAAGCCGACUACAAAGUCAUCAUUGCGGACAAUCUCUACAAUUCCUCGGAGGAAACACUCAAUCGCAUCGAGCUACUCUGUGGAAAAAGACCAAUCUUCCACAACGUGGAUGUUAGGAAACAAGAGGACUUUGACGAUGUCUUUAAGGCACAUCCAGAUAUUGACAGCGUAAUACACUUCGCUGCUUUGAAGGCAGUGGGCGAGUCAACGGAAAUUCCUCUCGAAUAUUACCGCACGAAUGUCUAUGGCUCCAUGAACCUGAUCGCUUCGAUGACGGAGCACAACGUGACAAAUAUUGUCUUCUCAUCCUCCGCUACUGUUUACGGAGACGCUACGCGCUUUCCAGAUAUGAUCCCUAUCCCUGAACACUGCCCGAUCGGUCCUACAAACCCGUACGGCGCUACGAAAGCAACCGUCGAAUCCCUGAUAACUUACCACGUCGAGGCUCAGCGUAACAAGCUCAAAAAAGAAGGAAAGCCGUAUGAGCAUUGGAACGGAGCCAUCCUCCGUUAUUUCAACCCAGCUGGUUCCCACCCUUCAGGUAUAAUGGGGGAAGAUCCACAGGGAGUCCCAUACAAUCUUCUCCCUUUGCUCGCCCAGGUCGCCGUUGGUAAACGGGACAAGUUGCUCGUCUUUGGUGACGGUACCCAAGCCACUUCAUUUUCUGCCCCUUAUGGCCCCUAUGCAGAACGCUUGCUCACAAGACUUUGCGCAGACUAUAACUCGGAUGAUGGCACUGCCAUUCGUGACUACAUUCACAUCCUCGAUCUUGCAAGAGGACAUCUCGUGGCUCUGAAUCAUCUCCGCGAUCAGCAUCCUGGGGUUGGCGCGUGGAAUCUGGGUACCGGAAAGGGUAGCACUGUUCUCCAGAUGAUCAAGGCGUUCAGUGCUGCUGUUGGAAAAGAGCUGAAGUACGAAGUCGCUGGAAGGAGACCUGGAGAUGUGCUGGAUCUCACUUCAAACCCAACGAAAGCGAACGUAGAGCUGGGCUGGAAGACCGAGAGGACUUUGGAGCAGGCUUGUGAAGAUUUGUGGAGAUGGACCAAGAACAACCCUCAAGGAUACAGACAACAGCCGCCUAAGGAGCUGCUAGAUAAGCUGGCUGAGGACAAGAAGAAAGGGGCUCCAAUGGCCUGA